GAAAUUGUAGGCUAAAUAUAUUUGAAAACCUUGUUUUUACAUCAGCUUCUGGGGGGAACUGUUCAUAACAAUAACACGAGUAACAAGUUACUGUGAAAUAAGUCAGAUGUUAAUACUGUGAUGUGACAAAAGACUGAGGAAGAUUAUAUUUGGACAAGCUUAUUCUGCUGAGCCUGACUAUCUCAGCAGCUUUUCUUGGAAACAGAACUAAAAAAAGUUUUCCACUCAUAGAUAACACGACAGAGGAGGAACGACAGCUUAGCAGGACCAUGAUGAAAUACUGGACGACUUUGCCAGAAAAGAUAACCCUAAUGGAGAGUGUGUUUGAUUAGCCAACACUCACUACAGAUCCAGGCCAACCUCAGGCUGGGCAGUGUCACAGAGAAGAAGAGAGCCCAGUUCUGGAGAGAAGACUUCCCUAAAGGACUGUAGAAUGUUCACUAUGUCAAAUGUUGUUCUAGGAGUGUCCAUGUUGUUGCCCUCCACUCCAGUCUGCUAUUAGGUUACAGUAUAUGAAGCUUUCUUUGCCUUUUCCUUAUUUAGUGUCAUAUUUUGGCCAUUUUAAUACUCCAGAUUUUCCUUAAUGUUGUUUUUGUUUUUUAAAUAUUUUAUUUAGCCAUUGUUUAACAUUUAUGUAGUUUAUUUUUAUAUUGCUGUGUUCAUAUGUCCAUUAAAGCCAUAAAAUAAUUAAGUGUGACUGAUUAGACGAUUGUCCUGCUUAGUAAUAAAACAUUGUAAUUAGACACUUAUCUGAUAGGCUAAAUCAAUGUCUCAAGCACCGUGUGCAGUGUGCGAUUUCUCAGGGAGAAUCGACAUGUGCAAUCAUUAGUCCAAACAGUUGCAAAAUGUUCUAAAACGAUAGUUUCUUUAGGACAAAUUUAGGAAUGUCCUUCCCCGUUAGUUACGGUUGCUUGCGUUAUACGUUUUGUAACAAUCUGCUUAAUGAAUGUACCCCACGUUUGCUUUUGACGGUGUACGGUUUGGUCUUUCCGAGCUACCAUACAGAAAAAAACAUCCCUGACAAGCAGCUGUUGCUACAAUGUUACAGAACUCCCACGUGCGCAAAUCAAUCUGUGGGCACUUUGUGAUAGUUUGACGAAUCGUCAGUUAUUUGUGAGAAUUUUCUACAUCUUCGACGAGAGGAUAAUGGAGGCCGCUAUUACGAUUAAUCCCGGGGCCACGAAAUGGGACAUCCGAGAGAAAGUUUGGGAUUACAUUGAAGCUAAGAAUCUUGCAAACUUUCCAAGGCCUGUGCACAACAGAAUCCCCAAUUUUAAGGGUGCCCACACUGCCUGCGCCAAGGUGUCGGAGCUGCAGGUAUUCAAUGAGACUGACGAGGUGAAGGUGGACCCUGACAAGCCGCUGGAGGGGGCGAGGCUGGCCGUGCUGCAGGCGAGGAAAACCCUGCUGGUGCCGACCCCUCGCCUUCGCACAGGACUCUUCAAUAAGAUUGUCCCGCCUGAGGGAGCAAGCAAAGAAGAACUGAGAGUGUGCUCCACCUCGCAGGCGAUGAAGGAGUUCAGCAUCCCUGUGGGUCUGGAUUCCAAGGUUCAGGUGGAUCUUCUGGUGGUUGGCUCUGUGGCCGUGUCUGAGAAAGGUUACCGAAUAGGUAAAGGAGAGGGUUUUGCUGACAUGGAGUAUGCCAUGAUGCUCUGCAUGGGGGCUGUGACCGAAUCCACUGUGGUGGUUACCAUCGUCCAUGACUGCCAGGUUGUUGACAUCCCAGAGGAUCUGAUUGAGAGUCAUGACAUCACUGUGGACUACAUCCUCACCCCGACCAGAGUCAUCAAGACAGACUGCCAACGCCCCAAGCCCCAGGGCAUCAUCUGGACUAAGCUGAACGCUGAGAUGCUGGAGAAGAUCCCUGUGCUGAAGAAGCUCCGGGCCUUGGAGGAGGAGCAAGGGAAGGACGUGACCCUGGGGACCCACCCUCCCCCGCAGCCCAGGGAGAGGGCCAGGAGGGAGCCCCGGAGGGACAGAGAGCCCAGGUCAGAGGGUGAUAGACCCCGGCGUGAGCCCAGGCGCAGGCCUAGACGGGACACCCAAGAAGACUCUGAGAGGGACCCCAACGGGGAGUCCAGAGAGGAGACUGAGCAGAAACCCAGACGACGCCCACCAAGAGUGAGGAGGGAGGGGGACAGAGAGGGGGGUAGGGAUGGUGAUGGGGAGGGAGGCCAGGAGGGAGGCAGAGAGGGGGGUAGGAGGGUCAGGGGAUUCCGCAAUGGGGGCUUCCGUGAGGGGGGCAGAGAUGGAAGUAGGGGGAGAGGCAGAGGAGGAGGCCGGGAGGGGGCCAGGGGGAGGGGAAGAGAGGUGGACAGGGAUGGGGUCAGGCAAGAGGGCAGGGAGGAAGGUGGCGAGCCCCGUGAGCGCAGGGCCCCCCUGACUGUGACCACAGUGUACCUGGGGGGCAUCCCUGCCGGGCUGCGUGUCAGUGAGCUGAAGACUGCUCUCCGGGAGAGGGAGGCAGCCCCCAUCCGUCUCACGUGGCAGGGUGCUCAGCACCGGGCCUUCCUGGACUACUUAGACCCCCAGGCUGCAGACCAGGCCCUGGCCGCCCUGGAGGGGCUCUCCCUGAACGGCCACGACCUGCAGGCUGAGCUGGCCAAGAGCCAGAGGGGAGGCAGGAGGCCAGGUCCAAGCAACCGGAGGCCCAGACCAAAUACAGGCCCCAAAAAUACAGCUAGAGAAAGUAGAGAGAGCACGAGUGAACCAGAGGCAGAUUCCCCCAAGCAGGAGCUCAACCAUAACGAGUAACUGCCUGCUUCUUUGUCCAUCUCUGUACAGAAGCCAAGCCAGCAGAAAGAAAAGGCUGUGUUUCAUGAAAGGGAAGGAUGAUACCUUCACUGUACCAAUGUGAAGUGUGAAAAUAUGUUUAAUGCCUUAAGCAGAGUUUGGUUUGUCGUUAUGGUUUUUAGUGUUGGUAUUGAUAACACGUAACCCCAUUUACGUUUGAAAUGUUCUUAUACAGAAGUUUCAUCCACACUGGCAGGCCUGUCUGUCAGUCACAAAGGAAGGAGAGGUUGGACGUUUCCCUGUUAGUCUCUUUGUGCAGGGGCAAUGUUUAAUGCCCUACAUGUAAUGCCAUCGGAAUUCACAGGAUAUUUUGUGUACUAAAUAAACCAUACUUUGAGUUCAUAGUUUUAA